AUGAGUUUCCUAAGAGCAGCCUUCACCCGGAUUCUCUCUGGAGUCUCAAAGCGCUAUACAGCACCACCCGCGCCAGCAUCGCUAGGACGUGUUACUCCUCCCCAGCCACAUCGACAGCCAGUCCUCGAAGAAUUAGAUCACUACGGACCCGGCGGCUUCCACCGUGUGCGCCUGGGCGAUACAUUCCAUGAUGGCCAGUACACCAUCCUACGAAAGCUCGGGUACGGACAGUACUCCACCGUUUGGCUUGCGAGAGAUUCCAUACGUCAGAAAUACAUCGCGCUCAAAGUCCUCCGGGCAGACUGCUACGGUGGGAAACAUGAUAUAUUCGAGAAGGAAAUCCUCGAGCGGAUCUCGGAGGUCUCAAAGCAACGACAUCAUCAAGGCGCCAAACACGUCUCCCACCUCCUCGACGACUUCAUGCAUUCCGGGCCGAAUGGCGAGCAUGUUUGUCUGGUCUUCGAUGUCCUAGGGCACCAUCUAGGCUUCCAGACAAUCCAAUUCCUCGGGCUUGACUUCCUGCACAGAGACUGUGGCAUCAUUCAUACCGACUUGAAGCCAACGAAUAUACUUCUUGAACUUGAUGAUCCUAGUGCUAUUCCCAAAUACCUAUCUGAAGUUCCUGCGCGGACCGACUCGCAAAGUGACGAUGUUCCACGGCCUCUUCGAGAGGUACUUCCUACAUCGCUCGUCUCGGAAACAAAGCAUCUCCACGUCAGACUAAUCGAUUUUGGUGUCGGAUCCUGGAGGGAACGCCACUUAUCAGAGUUCAUCCAGUCACAGGCACUGAGGGCCCCUGAAGUGACGAUCGGUGUGCCCUGGGAUACAGGUGUGGAUAUCUGGAGUCUUGGGUGUCUCGUUAUCGAGCUGGUCCAAGGCAUAAUUCUCUUCUCGGGACAGGCAUCAACGAAGGGGACAUGGACGGCCGACGACGACAGGCUCGCAAGGAUCAUCGAGGUCUUCGGCCCAUUUCCACCUCAUUUCCUAGAAAAGGGACAACACACGGGGCAGUUCUUUGACGAUAAAGGUAAUCUCCUCCGAAUCCCGUACCUAAAGCCAACGACCCUCGAGCGCCUGGUUAACGGCAAAACAAUGCCAUUCCUGAAGCCCAUUGAUAUGCCCGACGCAGAAGUCCCAAUCUACAUCGAUUUUCUCAAGGGCAUGCUCGAGAUUGACCCUGAGAAGAGGAAGUCUGCGGCUGAGCUGCUGGAGCACGAGUGGAUUCGUUCUGUUGAGCUCAGCGCAACAAAAACGGACUGA